AUGGGUGGCGGACAACUCCAAGCUGAACUCAAUGGACAGCAAGAACCUGGCCAUCUGCUGGUGGCCGACGUUGCUGCCGGUUCAGUUCUCCGACAUGGGCCGCUUCGAGAUGACGCGCCCAUACCUCGAGGACAUCGUGCAGACGAUGAUCGACCAGCAUCCGUUUCUGUUCAGGGGGCAGGAGGCGUUUGUUAUGGUGUGAGGGCAAUGGGAACCCACAAUGCACGUUGCAUUCGUGAUGGACGACGUUUGAAGUGCGCUCGUCUUGGACUAUAUAGGGUUGUACCGUUCCAG